AUGGCAUCGAAAUUCACUUCCCCAUCUGGCUUGACAACUAUCCUAAGAGAACUAAGAGGUCUUAUCUACGACAACCUUGAGGACGAAGAUAUCGCGCCCCUGGCACAGACUUGCCAGCAGAUACGUAGUGAAGUCUUGUCUCGCAUGCCAGGAGGUCGCUUUAUCGACUUUGGAAGAGCUCAUGAUCACUCAGAACUCAGACGCCAAGUUGAAAAAUCUAUCGAAGUCAAGAAACUCGAUCUUAUCGCCGAACCGUGGUACUCUUCUGGAUCAGCACUAAAAGUCGGAGUCACCUGGAAACCGAAGAAUGAAGACUCUAUACGCUGGAGGACUUCAUACUGGACUAUCCGCGAUGGUUCUAAUUUGGCAGUGCCAUAUAGCGGUACGAAAACCGCUAGGCAAACAGUGCGCGAUCUACUCUUGAGCAACUUUCAGGAUCAGAUGGCAAAUAUUAUAAAGUAUUACCCCGCAGCCUUCCUGAAAUUUGAUCUCUUCGGUCAGCUUUGCGCCAUGGUAUGGGAGCUGGAAGACCUAUCGUCGCCAAUGGCGCGGUACAUAUACCUAUAUCACCCCAAGGCCAUUUCUGUCACAUUUCAGGCAGCUUAUAAAGGAUAUUUCCUACUUGCCUUAAUAAUCCUACGGACAAAAAUGUUUGACAUAUGCCGAAUUCUCAAGACUAUGGGCCGCGAUCUACCCUUCACAAUUCCCACUUUGACGACUAUACAAUUUUGCGGUGGGAGAGAUCCGGUUCGCCCUAAAUUGGUUCGUAGGGCCUUCUGGGAGAUGCGGCCACAAAUCAAUCUCCCGAAUUGGAUGAUGCGCCAGGAUAGACGGAAGCGCGGGGUCAUCCAAAAGUCGAGCCAGGCCAUGAGAGCUUUAUCCUUUCUUUUAUGA